UUUAGGCAAAGUUUCCUUCCUUUCUGCUAUUUCUGGAUUUUCUAAAUGUUGAUGUAAUGAUUCACAUUUCCCAGAUGUGAAAUGCAAAUGUAGGAAGUAGGAUCUUUCCCUUGCCUCUCUAGGGAAGAGUAGUGGUGCUGUAGUCUGUAGUCUGUGGUGCUGUUGGAUCUCAUAAUUAACAUCUCUCCUGAUUCAAAUGGUUUUCCCACUCGCCACAGUGUUUUGUUGCCUGUUUCAGUACCUAAUAAGUCAUAGCGUGUUCGUUAUAAACACAUCUUAAACUAGGUUGGCUUUGAGAGCUUCUUGAAGACCUCACAAAAGUCCUCAAUUUAUUCUGUAGACCUAGAACAGGAAAAGGAAGGCCUGAAAUAAGGAGAGUCAAACCCAAAAUGGUUCCACAUUCAAGUGCCAGCUUCAUCUUUCUGUCACUGAAAUGCUGAAUCCAGUCUCUCAGCUAUUCAGCUUGAAAUUUCCUGGGCCAGGGGCAUCACACUCAGCCUUGCCUACACCAGUGUGCCUCAGUGUCAGUGUUCAAUAAAUAUCCCCAGCUGGUUUUAAAAUUAGUUACUGCACUGAACUUGAUGGGAAUAAAGGUUUCCCUUUUCAUCAUAUGGGCUAACUGGUCUGAGUUGGCCCUUGAAGAAUUGAUGUGCUAUUGCCAUUUGAAUAUGUUGAUGUUGUUACACUUCUCAUAGGCAGCUAUUUUUCAGUUUUUUAAAGAAACAAACAUUUCUGGUAGUUAGCUUUUUGUUUGUUUGUUUGUUUUUAAACAUUGCAGCCUUCCAGAUGCAAUGCCAUCAAUUUGGAUAACAAACCACUGCCUAUCAAUGUUCACCAUGAUCAUGUCCUUGCUGCCACACAUUCCUGGAGAGUUCUCUCCCUGUUGACUGUCUCUCAGCAACCCUGCUUUCAUGCAAACAUCUCCUUAAAUUACACUUUCUUCCACAGAAGCUUGAAAGAUACACUAUCUGACCUGCUUCACCUAACAAGCCAACACUACUUGUUUUGACUGAAGACCAUUUGGGGAGCUUCUCCAUAAAGUGCCCUCUGCCUGUUGACUCCCUUUUGCUCUCUUUCUAAACUUUUGUGAGGAUUUUUCUCUCUUCAUUUAGUCUUAAUGGUCCUUUGGGCAGCAGUAGUGUGAUAACACCAGCAGAAAUCCAAAGUGCAUUUUUAAAGGGACUGAAAAAACAUUCUCUCAUGUGGGCAGAGAGAAUAUUGGAAUGGAAAUCAGCUGAGCAAGAAAAGGCAGCUGAGAGGAGCAGCACUUUCCCUCUUGAAAAGACUGAGUGGCUGCAAAGAUCAGGUAGUUUCUCAAGUUGACCAAUAUCAAUACUGUGCUCCAAUAGCAGCUGGAGUUUUUUGUAUGAAAGCUGUUUUUAUUGUUGAGUAUAGAAGUAACAUUUUUUUUGUUUCCUCAUCUAAAUCAGUUCAGACUAUUUCUCUGUGCAUCUGGUAUUUUGCAUUGAAAGUGGCCCAAAUAUUUAAUUUGGGAAAUGUAGCUGCCAUAAAAUACAAUUUGAUGACAGCAGAAAAAUUAGUAUUGGAUGAACAAUGUGUUGAUUGCAGCAUCACAGCUGAUCACCAAGGACCCUGAAACUCUCAGCAAAAAUAUGCAGUUUCUGUCAUUAUGUAUUGAAGGACCUGGCUUCCACCCUAAAUACGUGAAAAUCUAAGCAGUCAAAACAGGAUGCAGUUGGAGAACAAUUACAUUGGUGAAAUUUAAUUUUCAUUUUUGCAGGUUGGCACAUGGCUAUGAUGCAAAUUAGCAAGGCAAAAAUGCUUUGUUAGCAGAGAUAUCCCUGCGAAUCCCAGGCAGAGCCAGCUUCCUGCAGAAGCAAACACUGUUAUUUCUGUCCCCUGUUUAGUUCUGUGGGGCACAGCACACAUACAAAGCUUUGAACAGUUCCCCUUCUGGCUAGCUUAGGGAUCCAGAUGUAGAGUAGGCAGGGCAGUAGAGCAGAGCAGUGCAAGUGAGAACAGGAAAUCUAGGAUGAACUGUGACUCAUUCCCUGCCUGCUCCACCAUCCUCUGCUCUUCAUGAAGCCAGUGUUUCAUCUCUUCUUUGUGGUCAGAGUUCUUUCUAUCAGUGCCCAUUUAAUUUGGCCUGAUGGAGUAGCAAGUUGGAAAGAAUAAAUAGAAUUAUCCCUCACAUCCUGUCUACUUUUAAUGAAGUUAAUGGAAUGGAGAGUAAUCUCUGAGGGGCUGCAACCCAUAUGAUGUAAUUGUGCAUUUGGUUUAUGGUGCAAGCCACAUAAAAUCAGCCCACACGUGACUGAUGGUAAAAUGACACUUGUCAGUUUGCAAGCUUUGUCUGUUUGCCAGAAAGCAAGGGUUAACAAAGUAUUUCAGAUGAGAAGUCUUGCAUGGGCAGCUUGGGUGUAUCAGCAGAGGUGCUUUGCAGAGUACUCCUUUAGUAGGCUAUUUUUACUUUUACCUAAAUAAGAAAGUAAAUCUUGGGUGACAGUUAUGAAAACUUGGUACACAAAGCAACUCCUAGAAAAUAAAAAAAUCCCCUAGUUUUAUUGCUUCUAGAGAAUAUAGCAAGCGUGUAAAUGCUGUUGUCAGUGUAUCAAUGCCUCCUGACAGAAAAGGCACCAACGAAAAUCUAUCUGGGGAAAAAAACAGAGGAUGUGAAGGUGGUGACAGACAGAACAGUGUGUGAAACCAGUGGAGUGUGUUUUAGGGUGGCAGUGGAGGUGGAAAUCUGCUUGUGGACUAAUUAAAAGUUUAUUUGGAUUCUAUUUUUGCUUCAGGUGAAUUUAAAACUUUGUAGCAUUUUAAAAUUUAUUAAGUGCAACCUGCCCUAACAUAAAAUGUCCACUCAAGAAGAAAAAUUAUCUAAUGAUGAAUGAUUUGGAGCAUGCAACAGAGCUUCUUUUAGGUAGCUUCGUAGGCAGGUGUUGCUGCCAACAUCUUCCCAAUAUUUUUCAGGGUAUCAAGAUACACCAGUGGUACUUAAUUGGAAAUGGAAACUUAACUCAGUGACAGAUCUCGUCACUAAAACAAAAGAUAAUAAUUUAAUUGGACCUUAGUUUUUGUUUAUCAGUUUUAGUGUGAGACCAAGAUUAUCUUUUUGUUAUGAUGGUGCCAAUGAAUUUAUGGGUAAACCAACAACUCCCUGUAACAACUCUUCUUUGGGAUGCUCCAAGUUACUCUUUCAGGUAAUUCAGAAGAUGCAAUUUAAAUAAUACUAUCUUGAUAUUUGUAAUUUAUUCCCUAGAGGGAAAUUUCCAUUGCAAAUAGAAGAUGUUCUUGAAAAAAUCAUUAGGACCUGUUCAUUUUUAGAGAAAAAUAUUAACUUCAGAGUGAGAAGAUUUUAAGGAAUAUUAUCCUCUGUGUAUCAAUAUAUGAACAUUGGUUUUAGAAAUUAUUUUUGCUUUCUGAUAAUUCUUGAGUUAUUUUUGCUCCUUUUUUUAUCCAUGUAAUAAGCUGUUUAAAGUGAAACUGAUCCCACCAAAAGGAAUAUUGAUAACGAGAUCUAAGUAAGAGAAAAUUACAAGGUUGGCUGGAAUAACAGGAUAAGAGGAUAACUGUUGGGUCAUCCUUUUAAAUCUUGUUCUUUCGUUCCCAAGCUGACAUGUGGUGAGACUUUGACCAAAUGAUACUCAUGUGACUGUCCAGUCUUAACAGGCAGCAAAUGCAUUUCUUCACCAUGGCUCCUUGACCAGUAAUAUGAAUAACAAAGCUGAGAGUGAAAAGCCAGGACUACUUUGUUUGGGUUUUUUUAAAACUUUUUAAUAACUUGUAUGGAGUACAUCCUGGAACAUGGUACCAGGUUGAAAGUCUAUACUUACUUCUACAAUCUAUUAUUGAUCUUUUUAGCCAGGUUUUUGUCUUCAUAGACUUUCCAAUUCAAUGGUUCAAGAGCUAUGCUAAAUGGCCAGCAAACUGGUCUGUAGGAUCAGAUGAAAAAGCAGAGGCUGCAUAGUUUGAUUCUGAAGUGUUUCCAUUUGAGAGUUUGCUCAUAGGAGCCUUUGGGUGUUUUAUGGGAGAUUUGGCAGGCUGUGCUGGUUCUGGGGUUGUAAAUAUUCAGUUGCUGUAAUUAGGACAGAGUUUAAUAGGAAGAAGAAGCAGAGAAUUUUUACCAAUGUUUUUAUAACCAGUUCUUACAUAAAUUUCUAGGUUACUUUUCUUAGAUAGCAUCAGCCUCUUUCUUUCUUUCCCUUUUCAAGUACUUUAAAAUUUCACCUUUUAUGGGCUCUCUUAUCAUUGCUGUCUAACAUUUAACAAGAUGACUCCCUGAUGUCUUGCUCCUCCAGAUGGGCUCUGUUUCUCCUUCUUUUGUAGCUUUGGGGCUUUACAGUGAAGAUGGUGAAGAGAAAAGACAAAUGUGAUACAAUCUGGGGAAAGUGGUUUCCUGUUUUUCUACAUACUGUCUCAUUUACUGUUAGAGUGACUCAAAGUUCUCUUCUAUAAAAUUUCUACCCUCACUACUUACAGGUUUGUUUUCCAGCCAGAGCCACCCUUGGGUCCCUUGGUCUCAUGCUUUUUAUGAGUUAAGAUAAUCCCGUGCAUCUUUUGUUCAGAUAUUUUUCCAAAUGUUCUUUCCAAUCACAUCUCCAUCACAGGCUUGUUUGAACACUUACUGUAAGAUUCUGCUUGCUGACAGUUCGGUGUGUUUGUGGAGCUGAGAGGAUACAGGCUAAGGAUAUGUAUGGGAACAUCUGAGAAAAUGAAAAUGGAGACUAACUUUUAAAGAAAUUAAAAUAGAAAUCUGGAGAGCAAUGGUAAAAUUAAAUGGUAAAAUACUUAAAGUAUAACAGGGUGAUUUUUUUUCUGUGUUUCACUUACCAAAGCAAAAACGUUGUGUGAAGAGAAAUGUUUUUUAACAUAAAAUUGAGAAAUUGUAUUUCUGGGCUGCAAUGCUGACUAGCAGGAGCACACCCUUAAGUAUCAUGGAAAGUUCCUGCUGAUCAUUUCUGAAAAUGAUGUAAUCGAGCAGCUGCACCAGUAUUCACUCAGCAAAGGGAACCUGGGGCACUUCUCUCAAGGCUUUCAAGUUUUCCUAAAAACUAAAAUACAGUAUUAAGAAAGGAUCUAGUUGAAACAUGGAUGGCUCAGCGAGGCUGAAUGGAAGACUGAGCAUGAAGAAUGUGCUGGUCUGCCCAAGACACUUUGGUUGUUUGUUAACUUCCAGCAUGUGAUUUCACCAAAACAGUUGCUUAUGGCCGCAGCCCCGUGUGCCGAGCAGGCCCAGCCCGCGCCGGCCGUGAGGGCCGGAGCCCGGCGCUGUGCCUGAGGCGAGGAGCGGAGGCACCGCCAUGGCCGCACCCCGCCGGGCCCGGCGCGCCGGCCCUCCCGACGGAGGCUGGGGAUGGAUGAUUGUAGCUGGCUGCUUCCUCGUCACGAUCUGCACCAGGGCCGUGACAAGAUGCAUCUCCAUUUUUUUUGUGGAGUUUCAGGCAUACUUUGGGCAGGAUUAUGCCAGAACUGCUUGGAUCCACUCCAUUGUCGACUGUGCUACAAUGCUUUGUGCCCCGCUUGGGAGUUUAAUCAGUAAUCACGUAUCCUGCCAAGUUGGGAUCAUGCUAGGAGGGCUGCUUGCAUCUACUGGACUAAUUUUGAGCUCAUUCGCCACCAGUCUGGAACACCUCUACUUAUCAUUAGGAGUCCUCACAGGACUUGGAUUUGCACUUUGUUAUUCUCCAGCCAUUGCGAUGGUGGGCAAAUACUUCAACAAAAGGAAAGCACUGGCAUAUGGAAUAGCCAUGUCAGGAAGUGGAAUUGGUACCUUCAUCCUGGCCCCUGUGGUCCAGCUCUUAAUUGAGCAAUUUUCCUGGCGAGGAGCUUUGCUCAUCCUGGGAGGUUUUGUUUUAAACCUCUGUGUCUGUGGUGCCUUGAUGCGGCCUAUUUCUCUUAAGGAGGAUUGUAAAACUGCUCCUGAGUUGCUUGAACAGAAUUAUGUCCCUGAAACAGAAAAACAAGACUUAAAGCGAAUGUCCAUCUGUUCACCUUUAAUCAAAUUAUGGCCUCAUGAGUGUUUAUGCUACUGUUCAUGGAAGGAAUAUGACUUUUUGCUGAUGCCAGGCUUCAUGGUGCUGGCAGUGUCAAUUUUAUUUAUGGCAUAUGGCUGCAGCCCUCUUUUUGUCUACCUAGUGCCUUAUGCUUUGAGUGUUGGAGUGAGUCAUCACCAGGCUGCCUUCCUCAUGUCCAUACUUGGUGUCAUAGACAUCGUUGGUAAUAUCACCUUUGGAUGGCUCACAGACAGAAGGUGCCUGAAGAAACAUCGGUACUUUUGCUACCUCUUUGCUGUGGGAAUGGAUGGCCUCUCUUGUCUUUUCCUGCCAGUUCUCCAAAGCUUCCCCUUGCUUGUGCCUUUCUCAUUUACCUUUGGCUACUUUGAUGGAGCCUAUGUAACGCUGAUCCCUGUUGUGACAGCAGAUGCAGUAGGGACUCCUUUGCUAUCAUCAGCACUGGGCGUUGUGUAUUUUCUUCAUGCCAUACCAUAUCUAGUGAGCCCACCUGUGGCAGGUUGGCUUGUGGACACAACUGGCAGCUAUACUGCAUCAUUUCUCCUGUGUGGAUUUUCUAUGAUAUUUAGUUCAGCACUAUUGUGCUUUGCAAGACUAGCAAAGAAAAUCAAAAGAACCCAUUUGCCAUCCCUCACUGGUAACACAGCCUUGAAACAGCAUAUCUGGACAAAUGGAGCAAUAGCUUAUUCUGUCACAGCAGAAUUAGACCAAAGGGAUGUUGAAUUUUUGGCUGUGGAUACAAACAGCUUCAGCAACAGGUGACAAGUGCUGUUGAGAUUCAGUAGGGCACAGCCUGAGACAGAUCUGGCUCGGUGUUACACUGUUGAAGGUACUUCUCCUGUGAAACAAGACAUCUCUCAAUUAGAUUGUUCUGUCGUGUUUUAGUUGGCUUAAAUCUACAUACAGCAAAGUAAUACCAAGUAAAUGCAGUAACAGAAGAAAGCUAGACUGAAAAUAGAGUUUGUAGAUACAAGUGUUCACAGAUUUAUUUGAAAUGCAAUGUUGACUCCACAGGGAUCAGUCACCAAAACUGAACAAUAACAUUUACAUUUAAAAAUAUUAUUAAUGACCCAAGCUUUUUCAUUUUGUGGCCUAGUAUGUUUCAAUGGACUAAUUCAACACACCAUGAAAAAAUCUCUACAUUUAUCAGUCCACAUGAAACUCUUUGCAAAUGAGUGUUUCAAAUGCCAAAGUCAUCUGUUUGUUUGGCUUUUGUUUUGUUUUUGGUUUUUUGUUGGUUUGUUUUUUGUUUUUGUUUUUGGUUUUUUUUUAAGAAAAUCUGGCAGGAAACUGAUUUAUGCUGAAAGUAUCUCUGGAGCAGCUUUAAUUUUUACAAUGUGCCUGAACUUUGUACAUACAUUUCAAUUUAAUUUCAAAUAUGGUUUUAGAUCUGCUUUCCCACGUGCUCUAUAGCAAAUUUGACUUUUUUUCUUUUUUCUUCUGGAUACCUUUAAAAUUUCAACUUCUAAACAUUGACAUUCUGGGUAUGAUCAUUCAGCUGAUCCUCGUCUUGGAGGGUGGAAAAUGUGCUGUGGUGGCUCUGCUUAUCUGAAGAGGAGUAAAUUUGUGCCAUGGGACCAGGCAUGCUGAUAGAUAAAUGUGCUUUAAUUGCAUUAGUUGGAAGAAGGCCAAAGGCAACCCAAGAGACCAGAGAGGCUCCUGUGUGUUCAAACACAGAGCCUCUUCCUCUUGUAAAAUCAGCACCUAUUAGAGAACUUUAGAGUCCAUGCAACCAGAUGGCUGAGAGAUUGCCCACCCCACGGGCUGAUAAUGGAGAGGAUGUUGGCAGAAUUGUUCCUGUGUAUUGCCGUGGCAAGUCUGUCUCUUUUCAGACCCAGAAGCUGCAUCUCCAGGUGGUGCCAAUUGCUCAUUUGUACCAUCUGAAGAGCUGUCAGGUCACUUUUCCUUGAUGGCCAGAACACAAGAGCUGUGACUUGCUGACAGUUUCCUGCUGCUUGUGUGAGGAAUAUACUCCAGUUGGCUGCUUCACAGGCGCUAGGGAGUGAAUGUAGCUCAUGGAAUAACGUACUGAUGUGAUGGUCUAAUAAAUAUUGUGAUUUUCUACAUUUCCAGAGUGAAAACAUUGUCAGCAAUGGAAAACUUCACAUUCCACAAUACAAAUAGUUUCAGUGUUUUAAUGCUGGAUCUAGCUGUAUUCUGUUCAUUAACAAAUUGAUCAGAGUCCAAAUAAUUUCCAGUUACACCAAACUAGUAGUUUUGUUAGUCUGCAGUGUGUUCAAUGGCUGCUCGUGGUGUCCUUUUCCACUCUGUGCCUUGGAAGUGAAAGAAACAUAGACUGAUAUUUAUCAGUUUGAUUUAGACCAAGAGUAGAGCCAUAGGAGUAUAAUGUAUUUAUAUAUACAAACACACACACAUAUAUAUAUGAAUACCAUGUAUCAAGUAGUUUUAUUAUCCAAGUGUAUUUCAAAUAUAACAUAUUAAAAUCGUUUUGUGUUUAAAUGAAGCCUUUCUCGCUGUCCUGCUUCAGGAAUGUAGUCAGAGCCAGUGGCAUGAUCUAUGUGCACAGACCACAGAAUAAGCAAGAGCAGUGCAAAAUCUUAAAGCCAAUGACAUAACUUUUCUUCAGCUCAGCAGGAAAAUUGACUCUUGGGCCCCAGUAUAGUUUUUAACAUAUAUUCACAAAAAAAGGACAAAAAUUAUCUAAUGGUGUUUCUUAAUGAGUUAGGAAAAAUAUGCACAUUUGGAAAAAAAUUAAUUGGUUUUUUUAAUUAGUACUGAUGAAGAUAAUGUUUUAGAUCUUAAUACAAUAUUUUAAAAAGUAGGGAAUAGUAUGGUCAAUCAAAAAUACAAUUUUUGAACAAGUUAUAAAUUACCACCAUAAAUAAUUUACAAGAUUUUAAUUUUUUUUACAAAAAUUUAAUUACUUUGUUUACCACAUGACAACAUGUCACCUGUUGUUCAUGUCGGAACUGCAUAUUGUAAGAGCCUGUUGGAAUAAUGCUAUAUGCAUUUUUAUCAUAGUAAAUUAUACUGUGUAAUACAUUAUUAGCAUUUUUUUAUUAUUUCAAUAUUUUUUUCAGAGGCUUUUCCCUUUAUUUUUUUGAGCAGUACUUAUUGCUUUAAGUAUCAUAUUUAGCAGCAAACACUCAUCUGGUUUUAUCCACAUGCCUUUUGUAGAAAAUGGUAAAAUUCUUUCAGGGCUUUCCAAUACUGUUUCUGCUCUGACUUAAGUCAACGGAGAAAAGCUUAUAUACUGCAAUAAAGACUUCUGUGCAUAAAGCACACUGUGAAAUAUCAGCCCUGUCAUGAAUGCUCCCCCUAAGAAACAGAAGGAAGGAAGCAUAGCAGCUUCCACCUGCACAUGGAAUAAAUGGGAAUACAAUCCAGGCUGGUGAAGCCUCAGGACAAACUUCCUCCUGCUCCACAGAACCCAGGCUGAACAGAUCACCUUCAUCCUGCCAUGUAAAAUAUUUCAGGCAAUGCAUUACAGAAAUCUCUGGCUCACAAUAGUUUUAAAGAAUGAUUUAUGGUAUUGGCAAUAUUUUUUUUCAGAGAUCAUAAUAUUCAGGCUGUCCUCUAUGGAGGACAUUUCUGGGCAUGGCUUAGUAUGGGAAUAAAUCAAGAUACCUGAGCUAGCUGCGAACAAUUUGCCAGAUGAACACUGCAUGUUUGAGGAUUUAGGGGUCUUUUCCACCCUUAAUGAUCCUGUAAUUCUAUGUUCAUGCCAGCCCUGAUAGACACAAGCAUUGAUGGAUGCUCGGCUGGAGCACUGCACUGCUGGGCCUGUCUGGUGCCCCAGGACAGCGUGGUGGGACUUGGCUGGGGUAACAUCUGUCCAACACAGAUUCUACCUCAGAUGGAUCCUACCUGGGAUUAUGCUCUGUUCUGUGCACUGGAUGGAAGUUCAGUGUAAGUAAGUGAAACUGCUUACAGCUGCUGAAGUUAUCCCAUGUGUCUCUAUUCCAUGAGGUUUGAAAUGGGGAAAUAAUACUUAUUUUGAAAUUAUUUAUAUUCUAGUGAUAAUCUAGAACAUUUAUUAAAUUGUACCUUGGAAAGCUGUGUGAAAACAACAUUGGAAAAGUCAAGUACCUUCUGGUGAAAAAUGACUCUUUUUUUUUCAGAAAAAGUAUUCCUGAAACAUUCCUAUCAGCUUGGAUAAUAAUUUAUCUCCUGAAAGACAAAGGCUGUGUUACUAUAUGGUGAAUGUAUUUUAUAUUGCCAAACAUUAUUGCUUUGUAAAGUGUUACAAAUUUAUGUGAGAAGGAAGAGCUUGUUUAACAUAAACUGUAACACUACUUCAUGGUCAGCAUAGCAAAAAGUCCUUAGUGGGGUUUGCCUCAAUAAAUAAUACCCUCUUCUUAGUGAUUA